AUGAUUUUUAUUCACCCAGCUGAACCGCAGCCAGUGCAAGAUGAACUACCCCCUGCAGAUGGAGAUUCAGAAGCUGAUGGGGAGGAGGGCGGAGCGCAGGAGCUCACUGGGCUCUUCGUCGAGAAGCCACCGCUGGAAGUCACCGCUGUUGCAGGUUCGGAUAUUACCUUCAUUGCCAAGGUUGACUCCACCACCCUGACAAGAAAACCCACCAUGAAAUGGCUGAAGGGCAAGUGGAUGGAUCUUGGCAGCAAGGCCGGAAAACACAUGCAGUUCAAAGAAACAUACGACAGGAAUACCAAGAUCUAUACUUAUGAGAUGAAGAUCAUCAAAGUGGUGGCUGGAGAUGCUGGAGGCUACAGGUGCGAGGUGUCGGCAAAAGACAAGUGUGACAGCUCCACCUUUGAGAUCUCUGUUGAGGCUGCGCAGCAGGAGGCCCCGGCUGAUAUUUUGUCUUCCUUCAAGAGAGCGGAUGCUGGAGAGGAUGAGGGAGAUCUGGAUUUCAGUGCUCUGCUGAAAGCCGCGAAGAAGAAGAAGAGGCCUGAAAAAGAGGAACCAGCAGUCGACGUAUGGGAAUUGCUUAAGAAUGCCCAUCCGAGCGAGUAUGAGAAAAUCGCCUUUGAGCAUGGCAUCACUGACCUGAGGGGCAUGUUGAAACGUCUCAAGAAGAUGAAGGUGGUCGAGCCCAAGCAUAGCGAGGCUUUCCUGAAAAGGCUUGAUUCUUGCUACUCGGUGGAAAAGGGCAAGAAGAUUGUCCUGAGGUGUGAGGUGGUCGAUCCCGACGUCCAGGUCAAAUGGUUGAAGAAUGGCCAGGAGAUCAAACCCUCAGCCAAGUACGUCAUGGAGUCAUUGGGGAAUGUCAGAACACUUACCAUCAACAGGACGAGCCUGGCUGAUGAUGCUGCCUAUGAGUGUGUGGUUGGCGAGGACAAGUGCUUCACAGAGGUGUUUGUCAAAGAGCCCCCUGUGACCAUCACCAAGCUGAUGGAUGACUAUCACGUGGUGGUUGGAGAGAGAGUGGAGUUUGAGAUCGAAGUGUCAGAGGAGGGAGCCCACGUCAUGUGGUACUUUGAGGAUGUGGAGCUUCACAAAGACAAAGACUCAAAGUUCCGCUUCAAGAAAGAUGGAAAGAAGCACUGGCUUAUCAUCCAGGAGGCUACGCUGGAGGACAUUGGAAUGUACCAUGCCUGGACAAAUGGGGGGCACACCAAGGGAGAGCUGGAGGUGGAAGAAAAACAACUGGAGGUGUUGCAGGACAUUGCUGAUCUGACAGUCAGGGCGACAGACCAGGCUAUGUUCAAGUGUGAGGUGUCUGAUGACAAGGUCACAGGAAAGUGGUUUAAAGACGGAGUGGAGGUCUUGCCAUCCGACCGCAUCAAAAUGAGUCACAUUGGAAGGUUUCAUCGACUGAUUAUUGAUGAUGUGAAACCAGAGGAUGCUGGAGACUACACAUUUGUCCCUGAUGGAUACGCUCUGUCACUUUCUGCCAAACUCAACUUCUUGGAUCCUCCAAAGAUCCACCUGGACACCACCGGAAACAUGGUCUCCCAAAACACCAUCAUUGUGGUGGCAGGCAACAAGCUCCGUCUGGAUGUGGAGAUCACAGGAGAGCCAGCACCUACCUGUGUUUGGUCUAAAGGAGAGCAAGCAAUUACAGCAACAGAGGGGCGCAUAAGGGUGGAGGCCAGGAAAGACCUGAGCUGCUUCGUGAUUGAGGGGGCGGAGAGGGAGGAUGAGGGUAACUACACCAUCUGUGUCACCAACCCUGCUGGAGAGGACAAGGCCAUGCUGUUUGUGAAGAUUGUGGAUGUGCCUGACCCCCCUGAGGAUGUCAGAUGCUUAUCAGUGGGAGAGGACUGUGCCAACAUCGUUUGGGAGGCUCCCAAAUUUGAUGGCGGUGCAAAACUCAAAGGUUAUCUCAUGGAGAGGAAGAAGAAAGGCUCCUCCAGAUGGACAAAGCUCAACUUUGACGUAUAUGAAUCGACUACAUAUGAGGCUAAGAGGAUGAUUGAAGGUGUUAUGUAUGAGAUGAGGGUGUAUGCUAUCAACAGCAUUGGCAUGUCUCCGCCAAGUAUCAGCUCUAAGCCCUUCAUGCCUAUUGCUCCAACCAGUGAGCCAACACGUCUAUCAGUGCAUGAUGUGACUGACAACUCAUGCUCCCUGAAGUGGCUCGCCCCAGAGAAGAUCGGAGCUGGAGGCCUGGAUGGCUACGUUAUUGAAUACUGCAAGGAAGGAGACACUGAGUGGGUGGUGGCAAACCAGGAACUUUGUGAGAGGCAGGGAUUUGUGGUGCGUGGCCUCCCCGUGGGAGAGAAGAUCAACUUCAGGGUGGUGGCAGUAAACAUCGCUGGACGCAGUCCUCCAGCUACGCUGGGACAGCCCGUCACCAUCCGUGAAAUCAUGGAGCAUCCUAAGAUCCGCCUCCCUCGUGACCUGAGAACAAAGUACAUCAGGAAAGUAGGAGAAAAGAUCAACUUGACUGUCCCCUUCCAGGGUAAGCCACGCCCUGUCGCAACCUGGUUCAAGGACGGUAAACCCCUCGACGAAAAGAUGGUCAGUGUCCGUAACUCAAACGUGGACAGCAUCCUCUUCAUCCGCUCGGCUGAGAGAGAGCACUCUGGAACAUAUGAGCUGGUGCUAAAGAUCGAGAACAUGGAGGACAGAGCCAACGUCGUCAUCAGGAUUGUUGAUAAACCUGGACCUCCUAUGAACGUGAAGGUGACAGAUGUCUGGGGCUUCAAUGCAGCACUGGAGUGGGAUCCCCCCAAGGACGACGGCAACACUGAGAUCACUGGAUACACCAUCCAGAAGGCAGACAUGAAGACUAAGGACUGGUUCACUGUUUAUGAGCACAACAGACGGACAAACUGCACAGCUUCAGAUCUGAUCAUGGGCAACGAGUACAUGUUCCGCGUCUACAGUGAAAACCUCUGCGGCCUGAGCGAGGAGCCGCGUAUGGCCAAGAACACUGCCGUCAUUGCCAAGACAGGCCUGGAGCACAAACAAAAGGGCUUCAAGGAGAAAGACAUGAGCUGUGUGCCCAAGUUUACUCAGCCCCUGGUUGACAGAACUGUGGUGGCUGGUUACAGCACCGCCAUCAGCUGUGCCGUCAAAGGCAACCCCAAGCCUAAAAUUGUCUGGAUGAAGAACAAGAUGAUCAUCGGUGAGGAUCCCAAGUUCUUGAUGCGUAACAACCAGGGAGUCCUGACCCUCAACAUUCGCAAGCCAGGCACCUUUGACGGAGGCAGAUACACCUGCAAGGCUGUCAAUGAGCUGGGCACGGACGAAGUGGAGUGCCAGCUGGACGUCCGACUUGCCAAAGACCUGGAGCCGAAGUGAGAAACCAAACAGCAAAGAAUGUGAAAUGAUGUGAGCCAAACAGUGAAUGAAAACAGUGAAUACCAGUAUGUAAAGGACACACUGUCAAGAGUGGAUCUAAUAAAAUC